AUGUCUUCCGCGACUUUUUUGGCCCAAGAACAAGCUGCAUUUGAUCACGAGGUUUCUGAAGUGAAGAGGUGGUGGAAGACAGAACGUUUUCGUCUUGUAAAACGUCCCUAUACUGCUGAACACAUUGUGUCAAAACGAGGUCUUCUUAAACAGCAGUAUGGUUCUGACACUCAAGCCAAGAAGAUUUGGGCUUUGUUGAAGCGUCAUCAAAAGAACAAAACUGUUUCGCAUACUUUUGGCUGUUUGGAUCCCAUACAAGUAUCACUAAUGGCAAGGUAUCUUGAAACUGUAUAUGUCUCAGGCUGGCAAUGCUCUGCUACCGCUUCAACCUCAAAUGAACCCGGUCCUGAUCUUGCUGAUUAUCCAAUGGAUACUGUUCCAAACAAGGUGGAACAUUUGUUUUUUGCACAACAAUUCCAUGAUAGAAAACAGCGUGAAGCCAGGUCCAGUAUGUCUAAGGAGGAGCGUGCAAAAACCCCUUUCGUAGAUUAUUUACGUCCGAUCAUUGCUGAUGCUGAUACGGGUCAUGGUGGUAUUACUGCUAUAUUGAAACUUACAAAAAUGUUUGUUGAACGUGGAGCUGCUGGAAUUCACAUUGAAGAUCAAAGUCCACUUUAUAAGAAGUGUGGUCACAUGGCUGGAAAAGUUUUGGUCCCAAUCUCUGAGCAUAUCAAUCGCUUGAUUGCAAUUCGUGUUCAAUUCGAUAUUAUGGGGGUUGAAAAUCUUAUUGUCUCCCGUACUGACUCAGAAGCUGCCACUCUUAUCACAUCUAAUAUAGAUGCUCGUGAUCAUCCAUUCAUUCUUGGUGUGACAAACCCUAAUAUUCGUCCUCUUGCAGAAGUCAUACGAGAGGCUGAAUUAAGGGGCAUCUCAGGAGCUACACUUGCUAAAAUACAAGAAGAUUGGCUUGCUGAUGCAAAUCUCAAACUUUACAAUGAUGCUGUUAUCGAUGCGAUUAAGAAAUCUAGUCAUUCUGAUAAAAAUAAUCGUCUUCAAAAAUGGGAAUCACAGUCACAAGGUCUUUCUUAUUAUGAUGCCGCCAAAUUAGCCAAGUCGUUAGGUGUUGACGUGUUUUGGGAUUGGAAUUUACCAAGGACUACUGAAGGAUUGUUUAGGUAUCAAGGUGGCACCAAAUGUGCUGUCCACCGCGCGAUAGCAUACGCUCCAUAUUGUGAUAUGUUAUGGAUGGAAACAAAAUCUGCUAUUGUUGAACAAGCGAGAGAGUUCUCCGAAGGUGUACUCAAGGUGCACCCUGAAAUCUUGCUUUGUUACAAUCUUUCACCAAGUUUUAAUUGGGACGCAGCUGGCUUGAAUGAUCAACAAAUUCGCAGUUUCAUUUGGGACUUGGGUAAAUUAGGAUUUUCAUGGCAAUUUAUUACAUUGGGUGGUCUUCAUUCUAAUGCUUUGGGUAUCGGCAUGUUGGCUUAUGUCAGGGAUGUUCAAAGAAAGGAACGUGACCACGGAGUAGAAACAUUGGCACAUCAAAAAUGGGCUGGUGCAAAUUAUGCUGACGCAUUAAUUAAAACGGUACAAUCUGGUGUCGCUUCUACUGCUGCUAUGGGCAAGGGUGUGACUGAAGAGCAAUUCAAAUAG